CUAUUUGAAUAUAUAUAUUUUUUCUAGUUUCUUGUUUUAUCUAAAAAGCAGAAAAGAUUUGCUGUCAGAUGCAGAGCGUUCACAGUAGUGUUGAUUAAAACGCAAGAUAUUCAGUUGUUUGAUGAAGAUGAUACAGUAUCCGGAGUUACUGCAUAAAGAACAUGAAAACACGCGAGAUUUACUGCCUUAGAUUUACUGUGGCGAUCUUGUAGAUAUCCCACUGCCUGCUAUAUAUGAACUUACAAUCAAUUUUAGUCAGUUUAAUCUUAUAAAUAUCAAAUGUAACUGUUUGUCAUAGCAGGCUUUGCUUUGGAUUUCACCUCAUUGUUCUGCGGCCUUUUUAAGCGAGGGGCGUGGCCUGUGUGGUGCAGGGCUGGUUUCAGUUAGGUCCUCUAGGCAGAUGUAAACUGUCUCAUUCGGAGAUGGUUUGUUAAUUUAACUGUUACGUCGGGUUUAUACUGCAAGUAAGCAUCAUGUCUGGAAGAGGCAAAGGCGGAAAAGGACUUGGUAAGGGAGGCGCGAAGCGUCACCGCAAAGUUCUACGUGAUAACAUCCAGGGAAUCACCAAACCCGCCAUUCGCCGUCUUGCUCGCCGUGGCGGUGUGAAGCGUAUCUCUGGUCUGAUCUACGAGGAGACUCGUGGGGUGUUGAAGGUGUUCCUGGAGAACGUGAUCCGCGAUGCCGUCACUUACACCGAGCACGCUAAGAGGAAGACCGUCACCGCCAUGGAUGUGGUGUACGCGCUGAAGAGACAGGGACGCACUCUGUACGGCUUCGGUGGAUAAACUGCACAAACAACAACACAACGGCUCUUUUAAGAGCCACACAACAUUUCACUGAAAGAGUCUUAAUUGUUAUAUUGUUAGUUACUUUUAAGUACAAACAUAAUCUGCGCAUGCUAAAUGAUGGGCUAAAAAUCUGCCGAUUUCUGCAUUACUUAGUAAUUACACGUUUAUUAUAGGGGUAUAGUAGUGUUAUAAAUGUUCAUGAUUUGGUUACAAUACAGAUUGUAAAGAAUUAUGUUCUGUCUCAGUGGAUAACGUUAUUUGCUUUGUCUUUCAAUUAAAUGGCUCCAAUUGGA